GUCUUCCAGAUGGACCCGGUGCAGAAAGCCGUCCUCCAUCACACCCUCGGCAUCCCUCCCACAGCCAAAAGGAAGCAUGUGUCCUGCAGUGUCUGCCAGCUGAGGUUCAACUCACAGAGUCAGGCAGUGGCCCACUACAAGGGCACCAAACAUGCCAAGAAGCUAAAAUCGCUGGAAACCCCAAAGAGUAAGCUCAAAGGCUCAGCAGUCACCAAGGAAACUGCUAGCCAGGAGACUGCCAAGGGCAUCAACACCUUGCAGGUCCCCAACGGCACCGACAGGAAAGAUAUCACCUCUGGCUUUGUAGUAUCCUCCCUGAUCAAACAAGCAGACCCUGUGGUGGCCCCAGCUGUUUCCACACCUGAACCGUUAUGCUCUCUGAAGACUCCAGGUGAUACAGUAGCCUCCGAGACUACCUUGGCUUCACAUGGAGAGGAGAAACUGUCAAAGACAAAUUCCCCCUCAGAAACAGAUGUGGACCAUGAAGCCGAAGCUGAAAUGGAGACCGACACAGAGACAGAGGAGGAGAAAGCCCGGCGCCUUCUUUACUGCUCGCUCUGCAAAGUGGCAGUUAACUCGGCGUCACAGCUGGAAGCUCACAACAGUGGUACGAAGCACAAGACGAUGCUCGAGGCCCGGAGCGGCGUGGGCUCCAUCAAGUCUUUUCCUCGACCGGGAGUCAAAAGCAAAUUGGCUUCAUCCUCCAAAUCAUCAACGGGCCUGCAGAACAAAACCUUUUACUGUGAGACGUGUGAUGUGCAUGUCAACUCAGAGACUCAGCUAAAGCAGCACAUCAGCAGUCGCCGUCAUAAAGACCGAGCAGCAGGUAAACCUGCCAAGCCCAAAUACAGUCCCUACAGUAAACCCCAGAAAGGCCAGACCAAACAGCCGAUAAAGCUGAUCUUAGGAAAGGAGUGUCGGCCGCUCUCAGCUCAGAUCUUACCUGCCCACUUGGCCGCGGUAGCUGCCGCUGCCAUCGGAAGCUCUUUGACACAUCGCACAAACCAUGGCACCAGUCCAACGCCCAGACCUGCCCUCUUCCAGACUCAGACGCUCCCUGCUGCACUGUUCCGCCCGGCUCCCGGGCCUGUCAGGACCUCUCACCCACAAGUCCUCUUUGCCCCUUACUGAGCCCGUUGAUAAGGUGGACCUCCUGCACCUCAAAGACAAAUUCACCUGAAGUCAUUUCAGCCUCCUACUAUGCAUCUUGAUGCCAUGUUGGAACCUUUAGCUCUAAUUUCUCCUCAUUUUGGUUAUUCAUCUAAAGCGGCGGAGCAGUGGGAGCUUCUUGUGCUGGAUUUAUUUCUCUGAUCCUGAAUGAACUAGCUGUCUGUGCCAUGGCUCACACAACGGACUGGCCCGCACCUACACUACAUCGUACUGCAAUAAUGUAUAAGACUAACCCUGUGAACUAUGCAGUGUUAUUACAUCCUGAUUCCAGGCAGUGUGAGCUGAAACUAGGGUAGGGAUCUAGUGCAUGGCACUAAGGUCUUUACCCUCGUGGAGAAAAAAAUUGUCACUCAUAAUUUAAACAGGUUGUUACUGGUACUGAGAGCUGGACAAGCCCUCCUCUGUUCCUGUAUGCACUUUAAGCUCUUUCUCUGAUGUCUACAGUAGAUGGCUAGACUGUGUUAGAUGGUUACUGUGUCGUAAAGCGUGUUUUUCUUUCUUUCUUUUUUUUUUUGCAUUGUCUCUGCAAAUCUUUGUCUGAGAGAGUGUUGUCUAUAUCUGUGUGAGCGUGGGAGGUAAUUUUAUCCAUCAUAAGCCAUUCCAGUUGUUACCCAGCACCCAUUGUCACAGACUGUCUCUGGCUAGAGGGAUCACAAAAGCUUGUCGUGUUAAUUGUCGUGUUAAAGAUGAACAGUUUCAAAUAAAAGAACCUUAAUUUGUUA